AUGGAAAAUAUCAAUUCAAGAACAAACUCUAACGAGACGCCGAAACUAGCACAGAAAUGUGAUGACAUACCGAGAAACAAGUCCAUGCCAGAUAUGCAGAAAUUCAAAGGACUCUCUUCGACACCUGUGAGAAAUAUUAGUGGUAUGAGCAGAAUAAACGAAGAUGAACCAUUGGCUACUAUUUUGACCCCAAAGAAGCAUAAUACAUUUGAUAGUUAUUCCGAAAGUUCACAAAUAAUAGACAUAUAUAGGUCACUGGAUGAUCAAGAUACAUCUAAUAUUGUAACCCCAACUCGGGGCAGAGCAUAUACGGCUAGUACAGGACCUGGGUCGCCAUCUACCAUUCAAAGACAAUCAGAAUUGGAUAGAAAUGAUCCUGCUCAUUUUGAUAGAUAUGGUUUUAGAAAGCAAAAUAAUUACGUAACUGAAGAAGAGUAUGAUGAAUGGUGGGGAGAGUAUUCCAAAUAUUGUCUGAAAAGAAAAAAAAAAUGGGAGACAUAUUUGAGUAAAUGUGGAUUGCCAUUAAAUAACGAUAAUCCAUUGAAUUUUCCAUCGAAUUGUGAAAAACUUAAGCGUUAUAUAAGGAAAGGUAUUCCAGCAGAAUGGAGAGGUAAUGCAUGGUGGCAUUUUGCAAGAGGAGAAGAGAUGUUACAAAAAAAUAAAGGUAUAUAUGACAAAUUGUUAUUAAAGACAGCAAAGAUAGGGAAAGGAAGUAAAAAAAAUAGAAUUAAUAAUGAUGAUUUUGAUAUAAUUGAAAGAGAUCUUUGGAGAACAUUCCCAGAUAAUAUUCAUUUUCAUAAGGAAUCAUUCCAAAAGGAGGAACCUGUAAUGAUUCAAUCACUAAGGCGAAUUCUUGUUGCAUUCACGAUUUAUGAUCCUUCGAUUGGGUAUUGCCAGUCGAUGAAUUUCAUUGCAGGGUUGUUGUUGUUGUUUUUAGAUGAAGAAAAAGCAUUUUGGAUGUUAGUUAUAAUCACAAAGAAAUAUUUACCAGGAGUCCAUUCAUUGAAUCUUGAAGGUGUCAACGUCGAUCAAGGUGUAUUAAUUCUUUGUAUUAAAGAAUACUUACCGGAGUUGUGGGAACAAAUCGAACUGUCAUACAUUAGAAGCAAUCAUCAGGAUAGUUUAAUGAAUCCGGAGAAUAGUAAAACUACUAUUCAAAAUUAUUUCCAUAAAGAAGAAUAUUUGUAUAAAUUACCUCCUAUCACAUUAACUACAGCAAGUUGGUUUAUGAGCUGUUUUAUUGGAUCAGUCCCAAUUGAAACCACUCUUAGAAUAUGGGAUUGUAUGUUUUAUGAGAAGUCACAUUUCUUAUUUAAAUCAUCGUUGGCCAUCUUAAAGUUGUGUGAAGAAGAGUUGUUAAAGGAUGGUAAUAAUAGCACCAAAAAGUUUUUCUUGAAUACAAUAUCCUAUGCUACUCAGGGUUCUACCGAUUCAUUAUCCCAAGUAAAUAGCAAACGACCUAAAGAAUUUCAAAAGAGUCAAGAUGAUUACGAUAUAUUGAUGUUUCAAGUGAUUCAAACCUUCCCAAGAAAGUUAAUAGAUGCAAAUUUGUUGUUCGAUAAGAUAUUGUUUAAGAAGAAAAUUAGUUUAAAUCAACUAACACAGGAAGAGAUUGAUUUACGAAGGAAAUAUGUCUCUAUUCAAAGAAAUAAGUUAAAACAUUUCGAUGAGACUAUUCUUGAAAGGCCCUCACAGAUAAAGUUGGAGUCCUCUCCAAGGUUAGAUGGUUAUAGUCAAGAAUUUUCAUUGAGUAAUGAUUUAGUAAAUGAGACGAUGUCAUCUGAAAUUAAUGGGUUUAAUGUUGGUGGGUUAAAUAGUAUAAAUUGGAAUAAUAGUAUCAAGGAGAGAGUGAGGCGAAUGAGACAAACGAAUGAUACUUAG